AUGCUAAACAUUCGCAUCUUCUUAUUUCUACUGUUGGUUAUUCCACUAAAUGUCUGUGCACAGGGAAUUCAAUGGCCUUACAACACCGGUUACCAUGUUGAUCAUUUUGGAAAUACGUUUCUUGGGCAACGAGAUAAUGGAUUUUUCAUCAUGUGCAACGGUGUUGGAUGCCCUGUUCGCGGUUGA